UGGCCCUCCUCGGUCAGGUGGGCAGAGGAUGCCCGAAAUCCUCUCCUAAGACAGGAAAAUACUCAAACAUCCUCCAGUGUUUGCCGCAGCCAGUUGACAGUCCGAAAGGAGGCGAUCAGCUAGGACCUACUUCCCUUUUUUUCCUGACACUUGGCUUUUUGAGCAGAGGGGCCCAAGCCGGGAAAAGUAGGAUGGGUGCCGGAGCGAGCGCCGAGGAGAAACACUCCAGAGAACUGGAGAAGAAGCUGAAGGAGGAUGCCGACAUGGAUGCGAGAACUGUCAAGCUGCUGCUGCUAGGUGCUGGAGAAUCAGGCAAAAGCACCAUCGUCAAACAGAUGAAAAUUAUCCACAAAGAUGGUUACUCACUUGAAGAAUGCUUGGAGUUCAUUGUCAUCAUCUACAGCAACACCCUGCAGUCCAUGAUGGCCAUUGUGAAGGCCAUGGGCACACUCAAUCUUAAUUAUGGCCACGGUGACCAGCAGGACGAUGCCAGGAAGCUCCUGCAUCUUGCAGACACCAUCGAGGAAGGCACCAUGCCUAAAGAGAUGGCAGACAUCAUUCUGCGCCUGUGGAAGGACACUGGCAUACAGGCGUGCUUUGACAGGGCCUCCGAGUUCCAACUCAACGACUCCGCUGGAUACUACCUGAACGACUUGGAGCGACUGGUCCAGCCAGGCUACGUGCCCACCGAGCAGGAUGUGCUGCGAUCACGAGUGAAGACCACCGGUAUCAUCGAGACCACGUUCUCCUUCAAAGAUCUCCAUUUCAGAAUGUUUGACGUGGGCGGCCAGAGGUCAGAGAGGAAGAAGUGGAUCCAUUGUUUUGAAGGUGUGACCUGUAUCAUCUUCAUUGCUGCUUUGAGCGCCUUCGACAUGGUGCUGGUGGAGGAUGAUGAAGUGAAUCGAAUGCAUGAGAGUCUGCACUUGUUCAACAGUAUCUGCAACCACCGCUACUUCGCCGCCACCUCCAUCGUACUCUUCCUCAACAAGAAAGAUGUGUUUGUUGAGAAGAUCAAGAAAGCUCAUCUCAGCAUGUGCUUCCCUGAGUACGAUGGCCCCAAUACUUAUGAGGACGCCGGUCUCUACAUCAAAAUGCAGUUCUUGGACCUGAACCUGCGUAAAGACAUCAAAGAAAUCUACUCUCACAUGACUUGCGCCACGGACACAGAGAACGUCAAGUUUGUGUUUGACGCCGUAACCGACAUCAUCAUAAAAGAAAACCUGAAAGAUUGUGGUCUCUUCUAAGAACCAUGCUGAGAAACCCAAAGAAGGGUGAUGUUUUAGCCCUGUACCAUUCCACAAAUCCCCUCUCAAUUCAAACUGAGGACUGAAGAUGAAAACUAUUCCCUCAAACCGGCGAACGCAAAAAAAUAAAAAUCAAUUUGUUGUGUUCAAAAUUAAGUUGUGGCUUUGACCAAAGACUUCGGGUCAACUGAGACCAGAAGACAGCUCUUCAGCCAGAAAAUCCUGUGCAGAUUUCAGAUGAGUUGAUUUUUUAGUCAAGCUAACUUUUCUCUCGAGUCUCUUGAACUCGUCUUUUGGAGGGCUAUGCAAUCUGUAGUUAAGACAUCAAAAGCUUCUGUCAGCAUUACAUGAUUUCUUCUCACAUGCACUACUGUGAAUAGAUGUCAGGAUAACGCAUCUUCGCCCCAGUAACUGGUCAGUGUACAGCCAAAAAGCAAAACAAGAGGGCCUCACCACCUGCAGACGCACUUCAACCUGUUAGAGAUUUUAACAAACUGAAUUUUUAAGUUAAACGUUAGAGAAUAUAACUCUUUGCAAUAGUUGAAAAGGACCAGUGUAUAUAAUUAAACUGUUUUCUAUUGGACAGUUCAUGAAGUGUGGUGAUACCAUGUGGAUCUGUAACACUGUCGAACGGUAGAUGUAAUAUACUUCAACUUCGAGAUCCUUGAAUCUACAGGCCUUUGAGCCGACUAUCCUGUACAGAAACCAAUAUUUGUAAACCUUGACUAAACCUAUUAAAGCUUCUGUAGAAAACUGA